GCUUCUGUUGACCAAUCACACAAUUAGCAGACCAUUGAAAUGAGGAGACUCACGUGACCGUCAGGUCAGCAUACCUUUGCAAACGUGGGACAAAAAAAUGACUGGUUCCAAGACAAUAGAGUCAUCCAUGCAGAACCUCUGCUGAGCCAAUAGAUACAGAACUCUGAAUGAAACGCAGCCAAGAGCCACAGGUUACUGCGUGCAGUCACCCUAACACACAAACUGAGAAUUUACAGUAAAUAUGGCUGUAAAUUCAGUUUAUGAUUUCACCACGGACACCCUGGAGGGAAAGGCCGCUCCACUCAGCAUCUUCAGAGGAAAAGUUCUUCUCAUUGUGAAUGUGGCAACCUUCUGAGGGUCCACCAUUGAAGAGUAUCACAGGAUGAAUGCACUCAUGGACAUGUAUGGAGGCCCGAGCUUCACCGUGCUUGGCUUCUCCUGCAAUCAGUUUGGCCUACAGGCACCUGAAGAGAACCAUGAAACCCUGAAUGUUUUGCAGUAUGUGAGACCAGGACGAGGUUUCCUCCCAAAGUUCCCCAUCUUCAGCCGGAUUGAGGUGAACGGCUCUGAUGAACAUCCUCUAUACGCCUACCUGAAGGAAGCUCUGCCGUUUGUUAACCCAGUCAUUGGAGACAUCAGGAAGCUCUACUGGUCUCCCAUUAAAGCCAAUGACAUCCGAUGGAACUUUGAAAAGUUUCUCAUCGCCGCAGAUGGAGUUCCCUACAAAAGAUAUGAUCCUCAUUGUCCAUUUGAAGAGGUGGAGCGGGACGUUGCAACGCUUCUGCAGGGAAGACAUUUAUCAUAACGCAUCUCUGAUUAUAAUUCAGCUCUGGAUUCAUUCAGAUUCAACUUCUUCCUCUUUCCUAGAUCCAUUUAGGCUUCAUAGACUUGAAAAACGUGAUUGAUUGAUUCAAUCAGUCUGUCAUUUUUCUGAUGUUUUUAAGUCUACGUCUAUGAGUGAAUCUCACGAAACCUGUCAUGAAAAUGUUUCAUGAACAUAUUUCACUUCAAAAUCAAUUGAAAAAAUAAGGAUAUAUGUAUAAUUUUUAUACAUUUCAUUCAUUAUUUCAUGAUUAGUUUGUGCUUUCUGACAUAAUUGAACGAUUAAAUUCCCCCCCCCCAA